AGGAGGGAGGGGAGAAGGUGGUGACGGAUCUGCUCCUCUGUAACUUGCUAUACUGCUAUGUGCUAUCAGCAGGGAAGGCUUCGACUCUAAAAUGUACAAUAAAUGUACAAUAAAGUAACACCGCGUGCUUAUUUUAGCCAUCUUUGCUAGACUCCUGAAUAUUCCUUCACCUGUGCGUUUUCGCUUGGUUACCGUACAUUUGGACUUGCACUGAAGAUAGAGAAAAUCAAUGGGGAUAUUAGAUAGCCUUUUCGGGCUACACAUUGGGAUUAUACAUUGAAUUGGGUGGACAUUUUUCUCAAACACUUUCCAUUUUUGAAGAAACGACCUCUGCUGUGCCAUAUCUUCACGACAUUGAAAGUGACGUAUCUGGUUACAAGUUGGGGCCUUGGUCUCCGGAGCUACAGACAUGGCAGACCAGAAGGAAACAUUUGGACUGCAAAAUUCGCCCAGCGGGUCAGAGUCAAAGGAAUUACACACUGAGAGUAAAGCAGAGAAACAAAAUGGAACUUCGAGCAAAUCUCCAUCCUCCCAGACGACAUAUAUUCAACAGGGAAUGGAGGGGAUAAAAGUGUACCUGCAUGAGAGGGAAUUGUGGGCGAAGUUUCAUGAGGUGGGGACGGAGAUGAUCAUCACCAAAGCGGGAAGGCGAAUGUUUCCCAGCUUCAAAGUGAAGGUCACUGGUUUGAACCCUAAAACGAAAUACAUACUCCUGAUGGAUGUCGUGCCCGCGGACGACCAUCGCUACAAAUUCGCCGAUAAUAAAUGGUCCGUGACCGGGAAGGCCGAACCUGCCAUGCCCGGGAGGCUCUACGUUCACCCGGACUCUCCUGCGACAGGGGCGCAUUGGAUGAGGCAACUUGUCUCUUUCCAGAAGCUGAAACUGACGAAUAACCACCUGGAUCCUUUUGGACACAUUAUCCUCAACUCCAUGCAUAAAUACCAACCCAGGAUUCACAUCGUGAAAGCGGAUGAAAAUAAUGGCUUUGGCUCCAAAAACACGGCGUUCUGUACCCACGUAUUCCCCGAGACUGCCUUCAUUGCGGUAACAUCUUACCAGAACCAUAAGAUAACCCAACUUAAGAUAGAGAACAACCCGUUUGCCAAAGGCUUUCGUGGGAGUGAUGACAUGGAGCUCCACCGGAUGUCCAGAAUGCAAAGCACUAAGGAAUACCCAGUGGUCCCUCGCAGUACGGUGCGCCAGAGGGUGGGCACAAGCCAGAGCCCAUUCAGUGGGGAGGUGCAGGUUAUGGUCACUCCCAGUGGCCUGGCCUCCCAGUACACCCAGUGUGAGAAUGGGGUCACCAGCACCUCACAGGACCUCCUGCCCCAGUCUGGCUGUUACCCCCUCCCCCACGAGCACAGCCAGGACUACCAUUGCAUCAAGAGGAAAGUGGAUGAUGACUGUCACUCAGGGGAGCACACCUACAAGAAGGCUUACCUGGAGAGCUCCUCCAGCGAGGACGACCAUUACUACCGUCCCGUCAGCUACCCACAGAGCCUGGGCCUGCCCGGGGGGCCCUACAGGACCGAGUCUGGCCAGAGGCAGGCCUGUAUGUACGCCAGCGCCUCCCAAGGGGCUGAGCCCGUCCCCAGCCUGGAGGACAUCAGCUGCAACACCUGGGCCAGUGUUUCGCCCUAUGGCAGCUGCUCCGUCACCUCCAUGCAGCCAAUGGAGCGGCUGCCCUACCAGCACUUCUCCGCCCACUUUACCUCGGGGCCCCUGGUGUCCAGACUGAGCGGGGUGGCAAGCCACGCCUCCCCGCAGCUGGGCGAAGCCCACCACGCCAUGUACCAGGGCCCCAUGGCCCACCAGACACUGGGCCGCCAGUGUAGCCCUGGGGCAGGCAUCCAGUCGCCCACCGCAGGUCUCCAAGGCAACGAGUACCUGUACUCGCACGGGAUCCCGCGCACGCUGUCGCCUCAUCAGUACCACACAGUGCACAGCGUCAGCAUCAUGCCAGAGUGGAAUGAGAGCAGCUAAAAUAACUUUCUUCAUAGGAAAGGAUGGAGAAGUUGGAUAAAAAAAAGUCCCUUGAUAAGGUUGGGCUUUAGAUAAAUCUAUAUUUAUAUUUUUGAAGCAGUACAGUACGGCAGUGCAGUCUCAUGAGAUUAAUGAGGCAUGACCGCCUAGAGCAUUGGACUUUGGUGCUCAGAGGAACUGCGUGACUGUCUUUGCAGUUGACUUCUUACUGUGCCGAAAGGCAAACAUCAUGAGGCAAAACAAGGUGGAGAAAAGCAUUGGCCAUGAAGUUAAGGAGACUUAUAAGGAAACUAAACACGUUUAAAACCCAAUGCUUUUGCAUGAGUAACAGAAGCACAGAAGUGGCUUCAUCGGGAGACCCCUAUUUUAAAACUGUUCUGUUUUGAUAGUGUAUUUUACAUCUUGGUGUUGCAUUAUCAAUGUUUUUUUUCUGCUGCCAAUAGAAAGCUCUUUUACCUUUAUCCUGUAGAUUUGUAGAUUUAACAUUUGGUGAAAAUAAAAUACCUCCCGGUUUUCAUUUUAUUCGUUUUUUUUGUUGUGAACUGCUUACCUUCUAUAUUGAACGAAAAUAAACGCAACAUGCAACAAUUUCAACGAAUAUACUGAGUUACAAGUUCAUAAAAGGAAAUCAGUCAACUGAAAUACAUUUAUUAGGCGCACAUCUAUGGAUUUCACAUGACUGGGCAGGGGAGCAGCCAUGGGUGGGCCUGGGAGGGCAUAGACCCACCCACUGAGGAGCCAGGCCCAGCCAAUCAGAAUAUGUUUGUUUAUUUCCGCACAAAAGGGAUUUAUUGCAGACUCAUCAGUUUCAUCAGCUGUCCAGAUGACUGGUCUCAGACAAUCUCGCAGGUGAAGAAGCCAGAUGUGGAGGUCCUAGGCAGGCGUGGUUACACAUGGUCUGAGGUUGUGAGGCCGGUUGGAUGUACUGCCAAAUUUUCUAAAAACGACUUGAUGCGGCUUAAAUAAGCCGACUUAUUUAAUUCACUGGCAACAGAGCUGGUGGAAUUUCCUGUAGUCAGCAUGCCAAUUGCACGCUCCCUCAAAACUUGAGACAUCUGUGUUAUUUUGUGUUAUAACAAAAGUGCACAUUUUAGAGUGGCCUUUUAUUGUCUCCUCCACAAGUUGCACCUGUGUAAUGAGCAUGCUGUUUAAUCUGCUUCUUGAUAUGUUACACCUGUCAGGUGGAUGGAUUAUCUUGGCAAAGGAGAAAUGCUCACUAACAGGGAUGUAAACAAAUUUGUGCACACAUUUUGAGAGAAACACACUUUUUGUGCGUAUGAAACAUUUCUGGGAUCUUUUAUUUCAGCUCAUGGAACACUUUACAUGUUGCAUUUAUAUUUUGUUCAGUAUAAAACCGUUCUACAGAAAUUCAGAGGCUGGGAUUAUUUUUUGUGGCUCUUUUGAAAAAAGUACUUGUUGAAUUAAUGGGUGAUUUGUCAAUCAACAUUUCUAAGAGUAGAAAACAUACUAGAUACUUACGAAAAACAUUGCAUUGGUCUGCAUUAGUUUGAAUACUAUAGCAGAAAAAAAAUAGUCCUUAGAGUGACAGUAUGUGACAGUAUGUACUGUAGAGGAAGUGUGUAUUGAUAUCCUCUCUAACUCUGGCAUGUAGCAACACACACUUUGACAUGGAAACAAUUUGUUAUUUGCAGUAAGUCUAGGAACAGUGUGUGAAAAAUGGACCCAGUAUUCGCCUGCAACAACCCACAUGAAAAAAUACUAUAGUAUAUUAUGGCAUGAAUACUAAAAGUAUUCACUAGUGUUUUUGCCAACUUCACUGUAGUAUACUGUAGUAUUUGCAGUUAAAAUAACGAGUGUAUAUACUAUAGUAAUUAAUGUAGUGUUUUUGCAGAUUGUAGUAUACUAUAGUAUUUACUGUAGUAUUUACUAUAGUGUUUUUCUUUUAUUAUCUUUGACAUAGAAAUGGAGGAUUUCUCCUAGAGUAAACCUACUAGAGAAAUAUUAAAAGGCCAAAUUUUCCACAACCUGUAGGUACGACUGGGGUCUGAACAGAUAGUUCAGAGCUCCUGCUCUUCUCUAUAACCUGUAGGUACGACUGGGGUCUGAACAGAUAGUUCAGAGCUCCUGCUCUUCUCUAUAACCUGUAGGUACGACUGGGGUCUGAACAGAUAGUUCAGAGCUCCUGCUCUUCUCUAUAACCUGUAGAGAACACACUAUAUGGUCUAUACUUGGAAUGUAGGUUUCUCACUUAUGGGUGGCACAAAUUGGGAUCUGGGGAGGGGAAUGGUAAGGGUAUAUGCAAUUAAAUACUUUAGUAUUUACUAUAGUUAAACUCUAGUGUUUUUGAGGACUGUAGUGUUUAAGGGUAUUGGUGAAAACCACAGUAUUUAUUUUGCGGAUAGUACUGUAGUAUUUACUAUAGUAUUAUACACUAUGCUACCAAAUUCUACAGUAAAUACUACACAUGAUCGAGGGAUACUACAGUGUGUAGUAUAGUAUUCUACAGUAUACUAAAACAUUCUAUAGUAAGUACUACUCAUGAUCGUGGGAUACUACAGUGUAGUAUAGUAUUCUACAGUAUACUACAGUUUACUGCAGAAUAAUAUAGUAAGUACUGUAGUAUUGUAUAGUAAACUGUAGUAUUUUGCAAUGUGGAGAAAGCUAAGAAACAAGAAACCUUCUCAAAUAGCAGGUAUAGUUCUCAUUCAGACACGGCCCUUAUAAGAGAUUGAAGCCAGCAUUGCUGAAAAGGUGAUUGCAUAUUAUGAAAACUUUUUUUAAUCCAAUUUUUAUUAGUUGACUUCUUUUCCAUGUUGUACCGAGCAAAUGUGUUGUAUAUCAAUAUUUUCAUUUAUGUUUUGACAACUGGCACUUCUCCCAUGACUACAGUCAUAAACUCAAACUGAGCAAACAACAAAGAUAGGUAUGGUAUAUAUGAUUUAACAAUGUGGAAUGUAAAGGACGAGAGGCACAGAUUAUUAAUGACAAACCAUGAUCAUGUAAAAGCAUGGUCACUGCAGAGAUUAAACACGAUCUAAACAUGCACAUCAAUACAUACAUUCUGCCAAUAUAUGGAAGUCGUGGUAUAUGUUAAAGGUGAGUUUGACGAAUGUACAAAGACUUAUUUUUGAAUUACUUGUAGUCGAUAGAAUGCUACUUGUCAAUAGUAUUUAUUUGUUUCCCAUAUUCUAAAUCAACUUGCUCCUGUUGUAUCAAAAGUUGAACCUGUUAUUCGGUCCUGUUCUUUUUGUUUCUUUGUUAUUUAGGCUCCAUUUAUUUUCUUUUUUAAUCAUACUGCUUUAGAAAUCAGGACAUUCAUUUAGAUGGCAAAAGUCUAAGAGAGAGAGAGAGAGAUGGAUUAUGUUGCUGUAAAUAAACACGUGUAAAUAGAAUAAAGAAUACUUGCAAUACA